GUGCUUGACGUAAGAGAAAGUUUAUUUCCUACUUCCUGGUCUAAGCUCUGCUGAAGAUCAAUGGCUCCACUUCACUUUUCGCCGUUUAAACGCUGUAAAUAGUAGUAGAAAUGAAUACACAAGUAACUUGAUUAAAAAUCGACUUCUUUUCAUAAACGUGUUUUUAGCAGAAUUUAACAAUGACAGAUUUAAGCCGACCUCAGCGCAAGCUGUCCCGAGCUGGAGAGAGUUUAUACCAGACAUUAGACUUGGCGAAAGGAGCUUCAUCUGAAGAUAUUAAGAAAGCCUACAGGAAACUGGCACUGAGGUAUCACCCAGACAAGAACCCCAACAACCCAGAAGCAGCGGAGAAGUUCAAAGAGAUCAACAAUGCCAACACCAUCCUCAACGAUGACACCAAACGACAGAUCUACGACGAAUAUGGCUCCAUGGGCCUCUAUGCCGCAGACCAGUUCGGAGAGGAGGGCGUUAAAUACUACUUCCUCAUGUCCAAGUGCUGGUUUAAGGCGCUCCUGGGAUUGGGAAUGAUCUUCACAUGUUGCUGCUGCUUUUGCUGCUGUUGUUGCUGUUGCGGUAAAUGUGGCGGUUCGGAGAACGAAGACAAUUCCCAAUAUGUGGAUCCAGAUGAGCUGGAGGCGGAGAUGUCAGAGGAGCAGAACAGAGGCAAUGACACAGUAAUAACAGGACAGCCUAUUCCCAGUCCUGCACCUGGAAAUUCAGGAGACACUGUGAUUGUAGGAAUGCCUAUUCCUAAAAGCUCAGAUGGAGACACUUCUGUACUGAUCUCUCCAGAUGUACAUGUGGCACAUGAAUAGAGCAAACAACAACAACCUCUAGACUUGUUGAGGAGACUGUCUCUUCCCUGUUUCUGGCUGUAGAAAUGAGGACACUGCUCUAGAAAUGUGUUCGAGCGUCAGUGGUUUAUAUUACACAGUGCCUGUGCGGUUUAUGUGGCUCAUUUGAUCUCCACACAUAAUGCUAUUUUUGUUUACAUCAUUUUAUAAUUGCCUUUUGGUUGCUUGAAUGUCUCAUGAUUUUUAUUGCAGAGACACUUUAUAUUGUAAUGCUUCAAUGAUGCGCCAUUUAAAGCAGCUGUAUGUAGUUUUGUGUAUUUUUGCGACUUUGGAGCCCCCAACAGUUGAGUGAGUCGUAAAUAUAGCUAAAAACGUACAUACAGUUGCUUUAAAUGACCUCUAGAGUACAAUCAAACAUAUCUUGCACAACAAAGUCAACCUGAAGUAAUACCAUAAAAAUGUUCUGUUUAUAUAACAACACCAGAUUAAUUGAUUUGCUUGAUUUAUUUUUCUAUUUACCAUCUCGUACAUUGUGUAUACAUUAAACCAUGCUUUUCCAGUGAAACCUAAUACAUGCAUUUCGUGUGUAUUACAUCACAGUAAUUCUUAAGAACAUAACGUUUUUAUUGUUAAUGCUGUAUUUGUACAAUGUGAAGUCAUUAAGUCUCCAAUACAUGAUAAGGAAUAAGUCCAACAGUAUUUUCUUAUCUGUAUAUGCACAUAAACAUUGAUCGUUUAUCUAACAGACAUCUAUAUGUGGUUUAUUUAGCUACCGUUGCAAGCAAACCUUGAAAGAACCUAAUUUGGUAUGAUGUUGAUUUUUUGAAGAUUCAAGCGAAUGCAUAAAUAAUGAACAUUAUGCAAUAUGAUCAUUAAGGCAGGGGUUCAGAGUUUAAAGGACCACUGAAAUCAUGUCUCACUGGUGAUAAAGCAGGUGAAUGUUUCGUUUAUUGUAAUAUUGCACGGCCUCAGGGAUGGUUUUGUCUGAGAUUCUGUUUGUAAAAACGUUUUGUUUAUAAUUGAAAUUAUAUGAUUUCUGCAUGAUUUCUAUGUGGAAUUAAUGAAAGAUUAAUAAAUAUAGUCUAUUACUGUAUCUACUCAAGCUUUUAAUGU